AUGGACUUCGUCAAACUUCUCUUUGUCUCGCCGGAGAUCAACCCAAGUAAUCGCAAAGCACAGUCUAUUCCUGUUCUCAACCCAUUCGAUCGAUAUGGAAGAGUCUUCUUCUUCUCGUGGCUGGGUUUCAUGGUUGCAUUCCUCUCGUGGUAUGCUUUUCCGCCAUUGUUGACCGUCACAAUCCGAAAAGACCUGCACAUGACACAGCAAGACGUGGCAAACUCAAACAUUGUUGCCCUGCUAGCAACACUACUUGUGAGGUUCGUGGCAGGCCCUCUGUGUGAUCGAUUUGGACCGCGACUGGUGUUCAUCGGACUGCUGCUCAGCGGUUCAAUCCCCACUGCCAUGGCUGGUCUGGUCACCACGCCUAAGGGACUGAUCGCGCUACGCUUCUUCAUUGGUAUUCUGGGAGGCACAUUCGUGCCUUGUCAGGUUUGGUGCACUGGGUUCUUUGACAAGAAGAUUGUCGGAAUGGCCAAUGCCCUUGCUGGAGGCUGGGGUAAUGCUGGUGGUGGUAUCACAUACUUCGUGAUGCCCGCUGUCUACGAUUCGCUGGUCUACUCGCGGGGCCUCACACCACACAAAGCGUGGCGGGUUGCUUUCAUCGUCCCUUUUAUCAUCAUUGUGGUUAUCGCUGUGGCGAUGCUCUUCUUAUGCGAGGACACGCCAACGGGUAAAUGGUCAGAGCGCCACCUCUGGGCUCGCGAGAUGGCUGCCGAGUCAGAAGGCAACAUUGUCGACCUCAAGGCGGACCUGAGGUCCGCACAGCCCUCCAGCACGCCAUCUAUGACAAACGUCAUGGCAGACGUGGAGAAGAAAGGCGCACAAACGCCCGUGUCUCUUGGCUCUAAUUCCCAGACCAUCGCGGAGUUCGAUGCCGUCCGAACGGAUACUGUGGUAGCCCCCACACGCAAAGAGGCCAUGGGGGUACUUUUCAGUCUCUCUACCGCCGCCGUAGCCAUCCCUUACGCCUGCUCCUUCGGUGCAGAGCUGGCCAUCAACUCAAACCUGGGCGAAUAUUACUCCGCGAACUUCCCCCAUAUGGGCCAGACCAAGACCGGACAAUGGGCAGCCAUGUUCGGUCUGCUCAACGUCGUCUUCCGACCAGCGGGCGGCUUUCUGGCCGACCUGCUCCUUCGACGGACCCAGAAUCUGUGGUCGAAGAAGAUCUUGCUCGUGUUCCUUGGCGUCAUCAUGGGGGCCUUCGAGCUGGCGAUCGGGCUGACGAACCCCAAGUCCGAAUCCACCAUGUUCGGGCUCAUCGCGGGGCUCGCAUUUUUCCUGGAGUCGUGCAAUGGUGCCAAUUUCGCCUUGGUGCCGCAUGUCUUUCCGUUUGCCAAUGGUGUGGUCUCCGGUGCAGUGGGCGGAAUGGGCAACCUUGGCGGGAUCAUCUUUGCGAUUAUAUUCCGCUACAAUGGCUCGGACUAUUCGAAGUCCCUCUGGAUCAUCGGGGCGAUCUCGAUCGGGGCGAAUGUGCUUGUGUCGUGGAUCCGACCCGUGUCGAAGAAGCAGGUUGUACCACGGUAG